GUUGUUGGCGCUUAUUUCAUGUAACGCUCGAGAGUCCAUACUCGAGCUUUCCCAGGGCUGUCAUGCACAACGGUGGAGCGUGAUGAAAACAGCCUUUUGUUUUGAUAUGACGUAUGUAAAGCCUGGACACCCACAAUACGUCACUGCGCGCGAAACUCAAGCUAGGUUUAACAGUCAUAUUUGCUUACCUGAACGAGAAGAACCGUCCUUACAGUGCCCAAGAUGUCUUAAGCAAUUUACAGAAGCAGCACGGCCUGGGAAAGACGGUGAGAAAGGCCAAACUGUUCUGAGCCAGUGAUAUGAUUUUCAGUAUUAUAUGAUCAGCAUGUUUAAAUUAAAAUGUAUAUUUGAUUACCGGUACUCAUUCCUAUCCCGGUAGGCUGUGGUUAAAGCCAUGGAACAGUUGGCACAGGAAGGGAAGGUCAAAGAGAGAACCUAUGGGAAGCAAAAUAUAUACUUUGCUGAUCAGGCCCAGUUUGCAGAAUUGAGUGAGGCAGAUCUUAAGGCCAUGGACAGUCGCAUCUCUGACCUCAGCACACAGGUGGAGGCUGUCUCUCAGGGCUGCAGACAGCUGGACGCAGAGCUGAAGGAGCUCAACAGCUCCCUGACCACAGAGGAAAUGUCAGAGAUCCUGGAGCUGAAAGCAGAGUGUUCUGGGUACAGGGAGCACCUGGAGAAGAUCAAGUCAGCAACCAAUCAUGUCACACCAGAGCAGAAGGAGAAGGUUUACAAGGAGAGACAUCUCUACGUGAAAGAGUGGAAGAAGAGGAAGAGACUGGCAUCUGACAUGAUGGGUUCCAUUUUGGAGGGAUACCCCAAGACCAAGAAGCAAUUUCUGGAAGAAGUUGGUGUGGAGACUGAUGAGGACUGUAAAGUGACUAUGCCAAGUACCUGACAGAAUGUUGGAGGAUCUCUUACUUUGACUUGAAUGUCAACUCAGAGGGAGUUGUGUUAUGCCAUCAACUCAUUCCAGGAAUAACUCAUUACUAUUUUUUAUUUAUGUUUUGAUGUUGAUUUGAUUAAUCGUAAUGUUUUGCAAUAAUACCUUGUACAGAUGUAUCCUUGCAAUUAAAAAUCAUAUUCAUACGAAAUACUUUCAAACUUGUCCAAAUCAGCAAAAGAACGUAACAGUAGACCUGAUUUAUUUAUACCAGCACAGAGACUUGUCGUAUAAAAUAAUCCCUUUUUAAAGUCAGGUGAUUACAGAUUAAACAUUCACAUCUGUUAAGUUUACCAGAAGGUCCUGAUACAUUUGGUACAAGUUCUCCUGAGCACAUUGUACAAAUAAAUUAUCAUUCACAUUAAUUUUUACAUUCUUGACUGUUUAAGGCCAGGAUUCAAUCAGAUCUAUGGUAACCUGCGUCAGCCAACAAACACAUUGCUUUUGUUUAGGUGGUGUCAAGAGCUGUCAAAUCGGCAGCUCUUGUGGUCAUUAUAAAACCACACCCGUCCAUAUAUCCCACCCACCUUGGAAGUUCAGAACAAGAAAGUGUAGCCUAUAUUGAAAUGACACUCAAUCAUUAAAUGAAAUCGGGAUUUGUACAAGCCUAAUCGAGGUGUAGGUAUCACACAUUUCAGUGUUAUAAUUUGUAACAUGGCUGCACGGGUUUUCUACUAAUGUUACUCGGUGCAUCCAAUGGCAGUUAUAGUUAAAGCCAGGAGCUUCUUGUGGAUUUGACAGCUCUAACGGAGUUACACCUCCAACACCACCUAAAAA